CAGCGACGAUGGUGAGAGAGCGAAGUAAGAAAAUACAAAAGGCCUCAAGAUAGUGCGGUACCACCGGGUACGCUGUACGCGCACGCACGCGAUCCAAUCUCCUUCUCCCAAACCCUAGCUCCUCAAAUUGCAUUCUCUCGUUAACCGCGCACAGUGAUUUGGCCAUGUCCAGGUGUUUGAGCAGUAGCUGAACAGUUUUGAUUUGGACUCGUCGGACCCUAAGAUGCAUAGGGUUGUGUGUGUUUCAAGACAGCGACCUUGUGCGCCUAGAAGCUCUCAGUUUAUGACAAGGAAGCUGUACCUUGAAAAUUACUACAUUUCUCAGUUGUCAAUGUGGAGUGGCAAAGGGACAUUUGCCCCUCAUUCUACAAAAGUGAAGGGAUUAGUUAAGAAGGGAAACUGUCAAAGGUGUUUUUGCUGCUUUAGUUCUCCACUUGAUGUUAAUGUUGCUGCGGCUUCUGGUUGGGUCUCUAAUAUGGACCAAAUGCUUCUAGUGACAAGUAUAUUCCUUACUUACAUUGCUGGAGCCGUUUCUCCAAAGAAGUCAUUUGUAAAUCCUGUAGAAAACAUGUCACAUGAUUAUGUGUUUCCAAAACAUGGCGCAUCCCUUGUUGGCAGCAUAAACAAGAAAGAGGAAGGCACCAAAUUGCAGUUUGCUUGGGAUGUGGUGGAGAGCAAACUGUCAGAUUCCCUGCUUGCUGUAAAUCAAGGUGUGGAAUCAAGUAUUUCUACCAAUGAAAUCAAACAGAACUGUACAAGAUUGCUUUCAAGUUUGUCUGCCAUAGCUGAAGUUCCUAGGCUACGCUUACUUUGGGCUUCUUUUCAGUUUCUCAAGAAAGAGGUAGAUAAUCUUUCUGAAGUUUUGGUUACUGAAAGCAAGGACAAAGUUGCUCUUCUCAUUGAUUCCAUUCGAAAAUCCAGCAAGCAAUUAUGUGUCACUUGGUUGAAGAAGGAGCUGUCAUUUGGAAAUAGCAAAGCUGACAGUAAUCGUAUUUGUUCAAUGGUUGAUACAUUGGAUGAGGAUGGAGGCAUUUUGCAGAUCAUCAGAAAGUUGGGCAAGGAGGAUCUAUAUGUAGAAUUGGUGUCUGUUACUAAUUUUGGUUUCAUCAGGGAUGGAGCCUAUUAUGAUCAUAGUUUUUUCAAAGAGCAUGGGGUGGCCAUAUUAGAGGAUUUGGUAAUUACAUUGGCAGAAGGGGCAGCAAGCAUGUAUUUGGAGCUUAUUUCAGUGGAUAGUAGAGUGUCAAAUGAAAUGAACAGUCUUGGUUUAAGUUUAUGUACUUUAUCUACCCGAGCACUUCAGAGGUUAAGGAACGAGGUGGCAAUGCACAGGUGGUUACAUCAUAACAUGGGAGCAGUUGUAUCAAUGUAUGAGGACCGCUUUGACUUGUGCACGUUUGAAUGCCAACCUAUAGAGGAGUCAGGUAAAAGGAGAGUUGAAAAUCAUCAUUGGUGGAAUAAACUUGGUCUUAUUAGGUCAAAAACUGUAUCAUCUUCCUUGCGAGUUGCCUUCAUCAACCAGAUAUCUAUAGCUGCUAAGCGCACCAAAGAAUUACGGUCCCUAUCUGGAUGGAGGUAUUACUUCAGUCUUUUCCUUGAAUUGUCUGAUAUCGCCAUGCCCUUGAUAAGAACAGUCAUUGCCAAGGUCAGCGAUGCAAUUUCAUUCUUUCUAGUUUGCUUGAUUGGGAGAUCUCUGGGACUUAUCUAUACUGGUAUAAGGCAAUCCCUCAGAUGGAAGUGAGAAAACAGGGCGUUUCUUCAUCAUUGUUUUUCUUCUAAUUUUUUGCCUUGGCUUUAAUGGUCAUAGGAAAUCUAUCAAAGUUUUGAUCACUUCUGUUACUGCAAUCUUAAGCAUGCAAUGAGUUUAUUUAUAUGAUCUACACUUGAUGGAGUGUGCACAUUAUAUGGUCCACACUUUACACUUUGGGUAU